CUCUUAGUCGUCAGUCCACUUGCAUCUCUCGUCCAAGAUUCAGACCCAGGAAUUCUACGAAGAUAAAAAUCAAAUAACAAGUGCUGUUAAAAAAUGGCCUUCGCUCACUCCAAAUCUAUUUCGCUCCUAUUGAUCGUUGCGAGUAGCUGUCUGGUGAUGAUUUCAGCCGAAGAGGAAGUACCAUCAGUAGAAGAGGCUGCGACUGGCAACCGCCAAUCUAAGCAGAUUUACCUUGUGCCUCAGCUAUCACCUGAUAGCACCUAUCCAGAAAGUUAUCUCGAGGGCAGCCCAUACGAGCUUCCAUUAAUGAGGCCCAAGCAGUCACCUCUUUUAAGGAGAUUCCCGGUCCGGAAGCAACAACUAGCAGCAUCGAACUGGCCAUACACUUAUCCACUCUUGUCAUCUCCGGAACUUAAAAACGAUCGCGAAGAGGAAGAAGAGGAAACCCUUGCCGCUUUGAGGCUUUUCGAGGGAGGUGAUAACUUGGGUAGUCUGAAAUUGUGGAAAAAGAAUUUGAAUAGAGAAGCUACAAUUAUCAUCAAUCCAGUAGCAACAGAGUGUCUGAAUGUUAAUACGGCUACCGAAGGUCUUGGUCCCUGCAAACGAGCAUCGCAAGCCAAUCAGGGAAGGAUCGAUAUCACAAUGCCAGCCGCAGCGCAAUCAGCAGUCAUUGCGAUCACGGCCGGUUCGCCAGUGAAUACUAGAAUCCGACUGAUCUGCACUAGGAUCACCACUGCUGCAAUCUUUACGCAAAGUGGCAGAAUCAAUUUGGUAACGGAUACACCCAGAACUGAAAUCGGAUUCAUGCAACUCGUUGUCACUAGCACAGCCGCUGACGCAAGAGUGACUUGUCACUGGAACAGUUUCCAUCAUUUCACAUCUACAUUCCCUUAAAAGCUAUGUAUUCUAUGGGUUCCGUUCAAUGCCAAGAAUCACCAUUAAUGUGUCAGUGUAUCUACUAGACUGUACAUUUCUUGUUGUGGCGAUUUGUAGUAUUUAUUUCAUUCCCACAGAAAGGGUUGAUUUUAGUUAUUCUUAUCCAAAUAAAAAAUACCU